UGGCACCUUUUUCACAACUUCCUUUUGUCAACUCUUUUGUAUUUUAAUUGGUUAUUAUUCAACACACACAAAAAAAACAAGAAGAAAAGAAACAUUCUAUUUCUCCUUUGUCUCUUUCUCAUCUCUUAUCUGAAUUCUGUUUCUUCUGUCUUGAUUUGUAAAACCACCUCCCGUAGAUGAACGAUCGGAGUCUGAAAAAGUCUUUAUCUGAAAAAAACAACCCACCUGCCGAUGAUUUAGUUGUUGGAGAUGCCGACGAGAAUUCAGAUCUCUUCUCAGUCAACCGUUCUGCCCUGACUUCUCUAGAUGCUGGUUUGCUUAAGACAGGAAGACGUUCUUUUGAACAAGCUAAAGUUGCACCUGAACUUGAUGAUGAGAAAGAACUUUGGAAUGACCAGCUUAAUUAUACCGUUCCUGAAGUUACAUUAGAAGCUCUUUCUAAAUUAGUUCUACAAGCUAGAAACGUAACUUCCAAGCUUCAGUCCAUUUCUACCACAAGAGCUGCAAGUACAAAGAGUGAGAGCAAUCCAUCUUCAAAACCAAGGAGAAGCACUUCAACAGAACGUCCCUCCAACAUUCCCACACUUCGUCCCUCCAGCAUUCCAACACUUCGUCCCUCCAAAACUGUCGUCAGGUCCUCAUCAGCCCCUAAGAAAACUUCAACAACAACAACAACAACAACAGCUUCAGGUUCGGUUGCAUCUCCAAAGAGAACUGUCUCUCGUUCUUUAACUCCUGUAUCACGCAAAACACCAACACGUUCUUCAACUCCUUCAAGAAUCAGUAUAACAACUACUCCUUCUUUCAAGAAAGCUGGAGACUCUCAAAGAUCAAGAUCGUUGACUCCAAGGUCAAAGCCUCAGAUUGCAACAAACUUAGCUGCACCUUCAAGUAAGAUCAGUACUGUGCGUUCUACCUCUGCGUCAUCACGCCCAUCACCUUCAUCAACACCUCAGACACCGCCAAGAGGAAGAGAAAAAACAGUCACUCUAGCGUUUGGUCGACCAGUGGCAACCACAAGGAAUGUAACUUCGCCAAAACGGAACACAUCUCCUGAUGUUACAAAAACGAGGCCUAAAGGGCAUUCUUCUUCUCUGAUUCCUACUUUCUCUGGCGUCGGACAUACAUCACCAGCAACUUCAAAGUCUGUAAAGUCAUCUGCAACUGCUUCGGACCCAACAAAGUCCGGGAAAAAACUGUCAAAAGCUUCGGUCCAAAUUGCUAACAAUCACUUGGACGCACGAAAAGGGAAAGCAAAUCCGUUUUUGGGCACAAUGUUGUACCCACAAAGCAUCAAGUCUACUUCAAGAAAGUGGUGUGGUAGUAGUGAAGGAAGCAGCAGCAGUAACCAGGAAGAGGACGAAGGAAAAAGCCUAAUGAAAGAAGAAGACAUAGAGAAGAGUGAUAGUGCUCGUUACGAGUCACUCCUUGAUGUUAAAGAUGUGAAGGAGACUAAUUGGCUACUUAACCUUGAUGAUGAGUCUAAUCAUUCUCUCAUCUUCGACAAUGUUUUCGACUCUCCUCCUGAGCCAUUUUCUCCUCUUUGAUUCUUUUUUUUUAUAUUAUUUUUUUCUUAAAACACACAAGUUGCUUGGGAAAAUAAUUUGUUUUCACUCUUUUUUUUACUUUUUAUGCAAUGAAAGAGAAAAAUAAUAAUGAUUGCUCAACUCGUUGAGUACAUGUGUUCUUGUAAGUGUUUUUUGUAUUGAUUGAUAGAAAAUGUACAGCUUUGAACUUUUUUGUUGGUUUGCACAAUAUAUUUUCAAUAAAAGACAAUAUGGUUGCACCAGUAUUGUAGAAUUCCA